AUGGAGUGGAGUACAUCUGCAGUUUGCGUACUACUACUGGCUCUUAUCUGUGACAUCCAGGUUAAUGCAAAGAGGGCCCGUGCGCUUAACCAUGUAAACAACAUCUGUAGUUUGUGGGGCAACUUUCACUUCAAGACGUUUGAUGGCGACUCUUACCAGUUUCAAGGCAUGUGCGAUUAUAACCUGGUGUCUGACUGCCAAAGCCUCGUUCGCCAGUUCUCGGUUCACGUGAAGAGAACAGAACACACCACUGACCCAAAGAUCAGCAGAGUAGCGGUUACCAUCAAUGACAUUUCUGUCGAAAUGACUCCAAACCAGGUCAUGGUCAACGAACAUAUUGUAACACUACCCAUCCAUGUUGCUGGGAUUCUUGUGGAAGAGAAUACAAUUUACACCAAACUCUAUUCAAAGCUGGGCAUCAGCGUCAUGUGGAACAGAGAGGAUGCAGUCAUGGUGGAGCUGGAUGGCAAAUAUUCAAAUCGUACUUGUGGACUGUGUGGUGAUUUCAAUGGUAUUCCAGUUUAUAAUGAGUUUAUUCAAUCAGGACGAAAGGUUGGCCAUGUUGAGUUUGGGAAUAUGCACAGAGUUCCAAAUCCAAUGCAUGUUUGUGAAGACCCUUUUGAAAACGAUGAUGAGCAAAAUGUGCUGGACCAAUGCGAAAAAUAUCGGGAAGCUUGUGCAGACAUUUUGGAGGAUGAAGACUGGUCUUCCUGUACCAAGGUUUUGAGUCCUGAGCCGUAUGUAAAGGCCUGUGUGAAUGAUAUGUGUUUGGGUCAAAUUGGAGACGUUUCAUCACUCUGUGCGACUUUAUCUGAAUACUCACGCCAGUGCUCUCAUGCUGGAGGGACUCCGCCCACUUGGAGAACAGAGCAAUUCUGUGCUGUGAAAUGCCCCUUCAAUAUGGUGCAUUCUGAAAGUGACUCCCCCUGUAUGGACACAUGCUCACACAAAGACACAAACACACUGUGCGAGGAACACAACAUCGACGGCUGCUUCUGCCCACGAGGAACUGUGUUUGAUGACAUCUCAAACAUGGGCUGCAUCCCAGUGGAACAGUGUCAUUGCAAACACGACCGAAACUACAAACCAGGAGAAGUCCUCCUUAAGGAUGACGAGGAAUGCAUAUGUCAGGAGGGGAACUGGAUUUGUAUGAGUCUGCCUAGUCCUGGCUUGUGUGCCCUAGAGGAAGGAUCUCAUUUCACCACCUAUGACGGGAAAGAAUUCACUUUCCAUGGAGACUGCAACUAUGUUCUCUCCAAAGACUGCAUAGACUCAAAGUUCAUCAUAUUGGGUCAGAUUGUUCCUUGUUUAACUCAUGAAACCGACACCUGCUUGAAAUCGAUAGUGGUGCUGCUUGACAACGACAAGAAAAAUCCUCUGCUCAUUAAACCUGACGGCACGGUACAACACAAUGCUGAAGUCCCACUUCCUUACAACACUGCUGACUUCACGGUGUUUAGGCCGUCAUCAUUUUACAUCAUGCUCCAGACCUCCUUCGGGCUGCAGGUGCAGGUACAGCUGGUGCCCAUUAUGCAAGUGUACAUCACUGUGGAUCAAAGCUUCCAGGGCAAGACUUGUGGUCUUUGUGGAAAUUUUAACAAAGUGCUGUCUGAUGACCUGAAGACCCCUCAGGGUCUGGUGGAGGGUACAGCGGGUUCCUUCGCAAAUGCCUGGAAGGCCCAAUCUAACUGCCCUGACCGUACUGAGAGAAUGGAUGAUCCCUGUUCCUACAGCACUGACAGCGAGCACUUUGCUGAGCAUUGGUGUUCCAAGAUGAAGGACAAGGAGAGCCCCUUUGCCAAAUGUCACUCUACUGUCAACCCAGAAAGCUACUACAAAAGAUGCAAAUACUCCAGCUGUACCUGUGAAAAGAGUGAAGACUGUAUGUGUGCGGUAUUCUCCUCAUACACCCGGGCCUGUGCAGCUAAAGGAAUAUUUCUCCAAGGCUGGCGGCAAGCAGUGUGCGAGAAGUACACAGAGAACUGCCCGGCAUCACAGAACUACUCCUAUCAGCUGCAGAGCUGCCAGCAUACCUGUCUUUCUCUCAGCUCUGAGCGCCAAGGCUGCAACGUUGACUUUGUACCUGUGGACGGAUGUGCAUGUCCAGAUGGGCUCUACCAGGAUGAGAGUGGACUGUGUGUACCUAUGGAAAAAUGUCCUUGUUACCACAAUGGGCAGAAAAUCCGUCCCGGCAGGUCUGUUAUCCUUAAAGAUGAACACUGUUCUCACUGGACUGUGAAUCUGGGUGCCAGUGUCCUACAGGUCUACUGGACGAUGGCAAAGGACACUGUGUUAAAUCGCAUGAAUGCCCAUGUCCACACAAUGGACAGUUUUAUGCACACUUGCCAACGGGGAACAUGGUCAUGUACAGACAAUAAGUGUCCAGGCAUCUGCACUAUAUAUGGUAGUGGACAUUAUCAAACUUUUGAUCAGCAAAGAUUCGGCUUCAGGGGAGACUGCAGUUAUAUAGCCACUCAGGACAAGUGUGGAAAUAAAACGGGUAAUUUUCACGUAAUCACUGAGAAUAUGCCUUGUGGAACAACAGGAACCACAUGUUCAAAGGCUGUUGGGAUCCUUUUGGGGAGAACUAAACUGGAACUUUCUGAAGGCACUGUAAGAGCAUCUGAUACUGGAAGUGGUCCACAGAUCAAGUACAAGCAAAGAAACAUUGGUAUGUACCUUGUCAUUGAUGCUGUCAUCGGACUGACAGUUUUGUGGGACCGUAAAACCACUGUCCGCAUCAUUCUGCAACCUCAGCACAUGGGAGAAGUUUGUGGCCUUUGUGGAAAUUUCAAUGGAAAUGGAAAAGAUGAUUUUACUACUCAAGGCAAGUUGCAAACCUCAAAUAUAAUGGAGUUCGUGGACAGCUGGAAAGUGUUAAGCACAUGCCCUGAUGCAGAACCAGACUCUAAUCCCUGCUAUGAGACACCCAAUCGACACACAUGGGCGAAAAUACAAUGUAGCAUCAUAAAGGCAGAAACUUUCAAAGACUGCCACAGCAUGGUGGAUCCAGACCCUUUCUAUGAUAACUGUGUGAAAGACUCCUGUGCGUGUGACUCAGGUGGAGAUUGUGAGUGCUUCUGCACAGCUGUGGCAGCUUAUGCUCAAGCAUGCAAUGAUGAAGGGGUCUGUGUGGUCUGGAGAACACCUGACAUCUGCCCUGUGUACUGUGACUACUACAAUGGUCCAGGUGAAUGCACAUGGCAUUACAGUCCUUGUCAUACACCUUGCUACAAAACCUGUCUCAACCCUGAGGGUAUCUGCAAUAACACUUUACCAAACCUGGAGGGAUGUUAUCCACAAUGUCCAGAGGACAAGCCUAUAUUUGAUGAAAAAAAUCAGAUCUGUGUAGAGGCAUGUAAUCAUACCUGCAAUGUUGAUGGGGUCGAGUACGAACCUGGAGAGGAGAUCCCAACUGACAAGCCCUGUAAUAUGUGUACAACAACGCAUUUUGAGGUAACUGAAUCAACAACAGCAGUAGAAUCAACCACAUCAGCAGAAGCACCCAAACCACCCACUGGUUCCUCACCUUCACCUACACCAACUAAAAUUACUGCAACAACAGAAAAACCUAUUUCAUCUACACCAACAGGAAGUACUCCAACAACUAAAUUUACUGAAUCAACAACAGAGGUAGAAUCUACAACAUCAGCACAAACACCCGAACCACCCACCUUUUCCACACCUUCAACAACACCAACAGUAAUUACUACAACAACAGAAAAACCUAUUUCAUCUACACCAACAGGAAGUACUCCAACAACUACAUUUACUGAAUCAACAACAGCAGUAGAAUCUACCACAUCAGCACAAACACCCAAACUACCCACCUUUUCCACACCUUUGACAACACCAACAGUAAUUACUACAACAACAGAAAAACCUAUUUCAUCAACACCAACAGGAAGUACUCCAACAACUACAUUUAUUGAAUCAACAACAGCUCUAGAAUCUACCACAUUAGCACAAACACCCAAACCACCCACUGGUUCCUCACCUUCACCUACACCAACUAAAAUUACUGCAACAACAGAAAAACCUAUUUCAUCUACACCAACAGGAAGUACUCCAACAACUACAUUUACUGAAUCAACAACAGAGAUAGAAUCUACAACAUCAGCACAAACACCCGAACCACCCACCUUUUCCACACCUUCAACAACACCAACAGUAAUUACUACAACAACAGAAAAACCUAUUUCAUCUACACCAACAGGAAGUACUCCAACAACUACAUUUACUGAAUCAACAACAGCAGUAGAAUCUACCACAUCAGCACAAACACCCAAACCACCCACCUUUUCCACACCUUUGACAACACCAACAGUAAUUACUACAACAACAGAAAAACCUAUUUCAUCUACAACAACAGGAAGUACUCCAACAACUAAAUUUAUUGAAUCAACAACAGCACUAGAAUCUACCACAUCAGCACAAACACCCAAACCUCCCACCUUUUCCACUUCUUUAACAACACCAACAGUAAUUACUACAACAACAGAAAAACCUAUUUCAUCUACACCAACAGGAAGUACUCCAACAACUAAAUUUACUGAAUCAACAACAGUGCUAGAAUCUACCACAUCAGCACAAACACCCGAACCACCCACCUUUUCCACACCUUUGACAACACCAACUGUAAUUACUACAACAACAGAAAAACCUAUUUCAUCUACACCAACAGGAAGUACUCCAACAAAUAAAUUUACUGAAUCAACAACAGUGCUAGAAUCUUCCACAUCAGCACAAACACCCAAACCUCCCACCUUUUCCACACCUUUAACAACACCAACAGUAAUUACUACAACAACAGAAAAAUCUAUUUCAUCUACACCAACAGGAAGUACUCCAACAACUACAUUUACUGAAUCAACAACAGCAGUAGAAUCUACCACAUCAGCACAAACACCCAAACCACCCACUGGUUCCUCACCUUCACCUACACCAACUAAAAUUACUGCAACAACAGAAAAACCUAUUUCAUCUACACCAACAGGAAGUACUCCAACAACUACAUUUAUUGAAUCAACAACAGCUCUAGAAUCUACCACAUCAGCACAAACACCCAAACCUCCCACCUUUUCCACACCUUUGACAACACCAACAGUAAUUACUACAACAACAGAAAAACCUAUUUCAUCUACACCAACAGGAAGUACUCCAACAACUACAUUUACUGAAUCAACAACAGCGCUAGAAUCUACCACAUCAGCACAAACACCCAAACCACCCACCUUUUCUACACCUUUGACAACACCAACUGUAAUUACUACAACAACAGAAAAACCUAUUUCAUCUACACCAACAGGAAGUACUCCAACAACUAAAUUUACUGAAUCAACAACAGCGCUAGAAUCUACAACAUCAGCACAAACAUCUGAACCUCCCACCUUUUCCACACCUUCGACAACACCAACAGUAAUUACUACAACAACAGAAAAACCUAUUUCAUCUACAACAACAGGAAGUACUCCAACAACUACAUUUACUGAAUCAACAACAGCAGUAGAAUCUACCACAUCAGCACAAACACCCAAACCACCCACCUUUUCCACACCUUUGACAACACCAACAGUAAUUACUACAACAGAAAAACCUAUUUCAUCUACAACAACAGGAAGUACUCCAACAACUACAUUUACUGAAUCAACAACAGCGCUAGAAUCUACCACAUCAGCACAAACACCCAAACCUCCCACCUUUUCCACACCUUUGACAACACCAACAGUAAUUACUACAACAACAGAAAAACCUAUUUCAUCUACACCAACAGGAAGUACUCCAACAAUUACAUUUACUGAAUCAACAACAGCGCUAGAAUCUACCACAUCAGCACAAACACCCAAACCUCCCACCUUUUCCACACCUUUGACAACACCAACAGUAAUUACUACAACAACAGAAAAACCUAUUUCAUCUACACCAACAGGAAGUACUCCAACAACUAAAUUUACUGAAUCAACAACAGCACUAGAAUCUACCACAUCAGCACAAACACCCAAACCUCCCACCUUUUCCACACCUUUAACAACACCAACAGUAAUUACUACAACAACAGAAAAACCUAUUUCAUCUACACCAACAGGAAGUACUCCAACAACUAAAUUUACUGAAUCAACAGCAGCACUAGAAUCUACCACAUCAGCACAAACACCCAAACCUCCCACCUUUUCCACACCUUUAACAACACCAACAGUAAUUACUACAACAACAGAAAAACCUAUUUCAUCUACACCAACAGGAAGUACUCCAACAACUAAAUUUACUGAACCAACAACUGUAGAAGAAUCUACCACAUCAGCACAAACACCCAAACCUCCCACCUUUUCCACACCUUUAACAACACCAACAGUAAUUACUACAACAACAGAAAAACCUAUUUCAUCUACACCAACAGGAAGUACUCCAACAACUAAAUUUACUGAACCAACAACUGUAGAAGAAUCUACCACAUCAGCACAAACACCCAAACCACCCACCUUUUCCACACCUUUAACAACACCAACAGUAAUUACUACAACAACAGAAAAACCUAUUUCAUCUACACCAACAGGAAGUACUCCAACAACUAAAUUUACUGAACCAACAACUGUAGAAGAAUCUACCACAUCAGCACAAACACCCAAACCACCCACCUUUUCCACACCUUUAACAACACCAACAGUAAUUACUACAACAACAGAAAAACCUAUUUCAUCUACACCAACAGGAAGUACUCCAACAACUAAAUUUACUGAACCAACAACUGUAGAAGAAUCUACCACAUCAGCACAAACACCUGAACCACCCACCAGUUCCACAUCCUUACCAACACCAACAGUAAUUACUACAACAACAGCAAAAACUCCUAUUUCAUCUACACCAACUGUUAGUAGUCCAACAACCUUAGCUAUGGAGUACUCAACAACAACUGGCAAGACAUCUCCAUCAACUACUCCCACCACUACACCUUGUUUUUGUGUUAUUAAUGGAAUGCAGUAUAAUCCUGGUGAGACAAUAUUUGAUAUGAUUCACAUUGGCUCUGGGAUCUGUCUGACCAUGAUCUGCUCAGAAACCUGUGCAUUUCAGAACAGCACAGAGCCAUGUCCAACACCAACAACUCCUACACCUACUCCAUCAACAACUCUUACACCUACUCCAUCAACAUCUCCUACACCUACUCCAUACUACGACUGCCCAGAAUGGGAGAAAAAUACAAACGAGACAUUCAUCUUGUGUAACUGCACCAUGGCGAGGUGCAUAGAGGACAACAUUAUUGAGAUUAUCCCAUAUGAAUGUCCUCCACUGCAGAACAUCACCUGUGCUAAUGGAAAGAAUCCAGUGCUUGUUUAUGAUGAGUAUUAUUGUUGCCAGUAUUACGCUUGUGACUGUUUUUGUGAAGGCUGGGGUGACCCUCACUACAUUACAUUUGAUGGACUCUUCUACAGUUACCAAGGAAACUGCACUUACGUAUUAAUGGAGGAAAUCAGGCCUCAACACCACUUGAAGAUCUACAUCGAUAAUGUCUACUGUGACCCUAUUGAGCUUGUAUCCUGUCCCAGAUCCAUUAUUGUGUCUUAUAACAAUCAAGUCAUAACACUUAAAAAUCACAAUUUCAUAGGAGGUGCAGACCUAGAGGCUGUGAAAGACAAUGUUAAGUUAAGGCUGCCUUUUGCCAGUAAUGGUGUGAGGGUUAUAAGCUCAGGACUAGACUUGUUCCUGGAGAUUCCACUGCUGAACAUUGUUGUAACGUUUGGAGCCACUGGAUUCAGCAUCAAUCUGCCAUUCCAGCAUUUUGGAAACAACACACAAGGGCACUGUGGAACAUGCAACAACAACAUGGCCGAUGACUGUAUGCUCCCUGGAGGGAUCUUGGUGGACGACUGUGCGGCAAUGGCUGAUUACUGGCCAGCCAAUGGUGUGAACGGUGAAAUUUGCUCUAAACCAACAGCAUUACCUACAGUUGGGUCUGGCCCCAAACCCACUAUUAAGCCAUGUCAAGCCCACCCUGACUGCGACCUCUUCAGGAGCGAGUUGUUCCAAGAGUGUCUUCCCUAUGUGUCCCCAGUAAACUUCUUUUUAGGCUGUCAAUAUGAUAGUUGUCAUAUGAGCAACCCCAGUGUGGUGUGUACCAGUCUGCAGAGCUACGCAAGGGCUUGCUCUCAGUUUGGCAUCUGCAUACACUGGAGAAACAGCACUAAGCUCUGCAAUAUUGAAUGUUCAGAAGAUAAAGUCUUUAAGCCUUGUGGUCCAGCUGAACCACCAACCUGUGACGAUGAACCUGAAGAAAUUAUGAUUACAGUGCCCACUGAGGGCUGCUUUUGCCCGGAGGGCACAAUGCUCUUCAACAAGCAGUCUGGAGUGUGUGUGGACAAAUGCGGAUGCCUGGACUCCUCCGGGACACCACGUGAGUUCGAUGAGGUUUUCCAGUACAACUGCGAGGAGUGUGUCUGUGAAAGGGCCAGCAAAUCGGUGAACUGUAGGCAAAAGCAGUGCCCUGAUCCUAACCCUCAGAGCUGUACUGAGCCCGGAUUUGUGUUGGUCAAUACCACCGAUCCCUCAGACCCAUGCUGCAACAAGCAAGUUUGCAAAUGUGAUAUCACUAUGUGCUCACCUUUGGAUAAAAAGUGUGGCAUUGGAUAUUCUCCACAAAUGGAGGUGCCGGAGGGAAAAUGCUGUCCAGAAAUCAAAUGCGUGCCAAAGAGAGUAUGUGUCCACAAAAAACAAGAAUACGAGCCUGGUACCAUCAUCCCUGUCGUUGACUGUCAAGAAUGUACCUGUACAUGGGACGUGGAUCCUAAAUCACAGUUGUUCAAGAUCCGCUGUGGAUUUGUGCAGUGCAACGAGAACUGUGAUCCUGGUUAUGAAUAUAUUGAAUCAAACAAUGACGAUUGCUGUGGGAAGUGUGUGCAAACUCACUGCAUCAUCAGUGUCAACGGCACCACUCAUAUACUGCAGGAAGGAGCUGUUUUGCCCACCACAAACCAGGGCUGUGACAGAAUCACCUGCACUAAAAGUAACGGACAGUUCAUCACCGAUAACUACAGAAUCCAGUGCCCUCCUUUCAACAUUUCCAACUGCCAGCCUGGCACAGUUCAGCUGUCAGUUGAUGGUUGCUGUCCUGUUUGUGUGGACAAGAAUAGAGGAUGUCAAGUAAAGACUGUUCGUGAUUACAUACUUCACAAGGACUGCCAAUCAGAGAGGAAAAUAGACUUGACUUUUUGUGAGGGAGACUGUGCCAGUUAUAGCAGGUACUCUGAGCUUGGAGUGUCCACUUGUAGCUGUUGCCAGGCGACUCACACAAGUAAUCGUACAGUAGCUCUUGGUUGUGUAAAUGGAGACAUAGUAACCCACACGUAUGUCCACGUUGAGCAGUGUACCUGUAGCAAAACUAACUGUCAUAGCAGUGGGGUGAGCCAGCACAUACUCAUUGAAAACGCCCGCCGUAAACGCAGCCUCAGAUUGCCGUGAGCACCAGUGAUUCCAGAGGUCAACAACCCUAGCGUUCUGAAAACAUAAACAUCUCAAGUAUCUGUGAAACUUGAAAUGAAUUUGAAUUGCAUAUGCUGUAUGUUUUACAUUUCUAAACUUUAAACUAUCCCAAGAGCUUUUCAUUUCUUUUAAACUGAUUAUUUGAUAAAUACAGUGUGUAUUCUUCUGCUUGUUGAAAAUUAAAAGCAAUU